AUGGUACCUAAAUCCAAUACACAUAGAAAGGAGUUCACUCUUCAAAACUUAUGUGUACAGGUUUUGUCAAAAAAAGAUCAACAGCAAUAUUGGAGCCGUACCGAAGAAAGAUAUAGUUUCGUUACAGUUGAUCAAUUCUGUGACAAGUUCAAAGCAUCUCAAAGUGGUCAGAAUCUUACCGAAGAGCUUUCAAAGCCGUAUGACAAAUCAAAAGGACAUAAAAAUGCCCUAUCCUUCAGUAUCUACUCAUUAUCGAAGUGGGAUCUCCUUAAGGCAUGUUUUGCACGGGAGCUUCUUCUUAUGAAAAGGAAUGCCUUCCUCUACAUAACAAAAGCCGUUCAGCUUGGACUACUCGCUGUUAUUACUGGCACAGUAUUUCUGCGCACACAUAUGGACGCUGAUAGGGUUCAUGCUACCUACUAUAUGGGUUCACUCUUCUGUGCGCUCCUGCUGCUGAUGGUGAAUGGAUUCCCUGAGCUGGCCAUGGCAAUUAGCAGACUUCCGGUCUUCUACAAACAGAGAGACUACUACUUCUAUCCUGCGUGGGCUUAUGCAAUACCAUCUUUUAUCCUAAAGAUUCCAGUCUCUUUAGUUGAGUCAGUAGCUUGGACAUCAAUAUCCUACUACCUGAUUGGCUACACUCCGGAAGCAUCAAGUUUUUUCCGUCAGCUCCUUGUCCUCUUCCUCAUCCACACCGUAUCAUUAUCAAUGUUUCGAUGUGUCGCCUCAUACUGCCAAACAAUGGUGGCUGGUUCAGUCGGUGGUAGGAUGGCAUUUCUAGUCAUCCUUCUAUUUGGGGGUUUCAUUACGGUAUCUGGUGUAACUCUUGGAAGGAGGAUACUAAUUGAUCAAGAGCUAGACUUCUCAAGAUACUUCUACUGGAUCUCAAUUGGAGCAUUGAUUGGGUUUAUUUUGUUGUUCAAUGCAGGCUUCGCCAUCGGCUUGACUAUUAAAAACCGGAGGAUGGUGUUGCCCUUCACACCCCUGGUAAUAUCAUUCCAGGAUGUCAACUACUAUGUAGACACUCCUGCGGGACCAGAGAGCUUAGGCCAAGGUUACUUCGACAACGAGCUUGAUGCAUGGGUUGGGCUUCGUAAAGAUGGCUACAUUUGCUCCUGUCAAGUCGCCUCCCGCAGCAACACAAGUACUGUGGAGCCGGAGUGGAAGAUGGUCAAGGAGAAGUUGUUCCUCAAGGUCCCGGAGAGGCAGCUGAAAUCGGCAAGGGCCACUCUAGCGUACAUGGGCAACAGCAACUUUUGCCUUGUGGAGUUUUUGCUACGCGAGGGAGUCGAGUUUAAGUACACCUUUGGUGACCGUGAUGGUUGUGUGCUCCAGAUGAGCAUGUUUGGCCUUAAGUAUGAUCGUAAGGGAGAACUGCAAAUCAUGCGCCACCGCACGAACUCCAUUGCAAUACCUGGGGUACCAAGGAUCAAGGACAACUACAACCCAUCAACAUGGGUGCUGGAAGUAACUUCUGCAUCUAUGGGAGUAGAUUUUGCACAAAUAAACGACCAGCGGGGUUUGUUCACCAUAUUGGGGUGCAUGUAUGGAGUCACUCUGUUCACCGGCAUCAACAACUGCCAAUCAGUGAUGCCAUUUGUCUCCAUUGAGCGCUCCGUCGUGUAUAGGGAGAGGUUUGCAGGGAUGUACUCUCCUUGGGCCUACUCCUCCUUUGCACAGGUUGCCAUGGAGAUUCCUUAUGUGCUGGUGCAGGUUGUCCUGUUCAUGUUGAUAGCAUACCCGAUGAUAGGGUAUGCAUGGACAGCAGCAAAGUUUUUUUGGUUCAUGUACACCAUGUCGUGCACGCUGCUCUACUUCCUCUACCUGGGAAUGAUGAUGGUGUCGCUCACCCCCAACAUCCAAGUUGUAUCUAUACUUGCAUCCAUGUUCUACACCCUACAAAACCUCAUGUCCGGCUUCAUUGUACCUGCGCCACAAAUACCAAGAUGGUGGAUAUGGCUCUACUACAUCUCCCCAAUGUCAUGGACGCUCAAUGUCUUCUUCACCACACAAUUUGGGGAUGACAAUGACAGGAUGAUCGUCGUGUUUGGAGAGACCAAGUCCGUUACAGCAUUCAUGAGAGACUACUUUGGUUUUCGCCGUGACCUUCUGCCACUGGCAGCCGUGGCUCUGGCGGCAUUCCCCAUCCUCUUUGCUGUCCUGUUCGGUUACAACAUCUCACAGCUCAACUUCCAAAGGCGAUAGACCGACUUCAAAGUAGUAAAACAGUAGC